GGCUUGGGCAGAGGCGUGGGGAGCCCUGCUGGGGGCAGGGUGGGCCCCUCUCCCAGUGCCCAGCUGGUGCACAGGCACCAGCGUACGUCAGCCUGGUACCCCCAGCGCCCUCCCCUGAGCCCUGGGACAGGGGCUGCUCUGGCCGCGGAGGGGCCCAGGCCUCCCAUGGGGUCCUUACAGGCCUGCUGGGACGUUGUCCUAGCUGUGGGGGGGUCUCCCAGCAACCGGGGGGGCUACCAGCUGGGCCCAUGCCCACAGCCCUGGCCAGGUCCCCUGCGCCUGGCUCUGGACCCACAGAGUGAGACGGGACCGCAGGGGUCAUUCAGUCUCACCCCCGGCCAGGAUGCUCUCUGCCUGCCUGGCCCCGGCAGCCCCAGGGAGGUGGCAUGGGCCGCCCCCCACUCCGCUGGCACCCACCCCCGGCUCUCCGGAGCACGGAGCUUUCCCUGCAGCCCCAGCCCUCGCCGCGGAGCUGGGCUCUGGGCGCCUGCAGCCCUGCCUGGGCUCCAUGCCCGCCCUGGCACCCAGCCACCCGCCGAGCGAGGAGAAGCCGGUGGGGAGAGGUGCAGAGCCCUGGCCGGGGGUGCUGCCCUGGGCAAGGCUCCGUGCGCUGCGGGAAGGACCAGGGUCUGAGCCAGGGCCCCUGCUCCAUCCACCCACUGGUGCCCCCAUGGUGGUUGCUGGAUAAGCACCCCCAGACCAGCCGCUGGGUGCAGGCGGUGGGGUCCCACCUGUCCGUGAUGCCUCUGUCCCUGGGCCGUCUCGCCUGCCUGUACCUGCUGCUCCUGCUCCUUCCCAUGCAGGAGUCUCACCAGACCGCGGCCAACUUCCGCCUCUACGUGGAGAACCGCACACGGCACCUGGACGAGGUGAGCCGCCGGCACGUCCGUGUCUACCAGCUGUACAGCCGCAGCAGCAGCGGGCACCUGCAGGUCCUCGGCAAGCGGGUCCGUGCCAAUGGGGAGGACGGCAACAAAUACGCGCUGCUGGCCGUGGAGAGCGACACCUUUGGGAGCCACGUUCGCAUCAAGGGCAAGGAGACCGGCUACUACGUCUGCAUGGACAGGAGGGGGAAGGUGCUGGGCAAGCUGGACGGGCGGAGCCAGGGCUGCGUCUUCGUGGAAGAAGUCCUGGAGAACAACUACACGGCUUUCCUGUCAGCCCGGCACCGGGGCUGGUACCUGGGCUUCACCCGCCAGGGGCGGGCACAGCGGGGGCCACGCACCCACCGCACCCAGGGCGAAGGGCACUUCAUGAAGAGGCCCCCCAAGGGCACCGGGGGCGAGGGGCAGAGCCCGUUCCGCUUCACCGCCCUCACCCCGCGGACCUAGAGGCAGGGGCCCGUGCCCAGCCGGUGCCCCCAGGCCAUGCCCAGCUCCCACGGCGAGGAGACGGGCUCCCAGCAGUUCUGCUUCAGCCACGCCAUGGGGGCGGGACGCAGGCGCUGCCCCACAUGCCGGCAAGCGAAGCGGUGCAUGCUGGGAACGCCGGUCCCAUGGGCUGGACACGGGAGAAGGAGUGUGUGGUCCCACAGCGCAGGGCAUGGGCUGGGCCGUGCUGCCCCACAGCCCUGACAGGGGGGUCACCCCACACGCCGCAUGGGGCCAGGCCCUGCCCCACAGCCCUGACAGGGGGGUCACCCCACACGGGGCCAGGCCCUGCCCCACAGCCCUGACAGGGGGGUCACCCCACACGCCGCAUGGGGCCAGGCCCUGCCCCACAGCCCGUGACAGGGGGGUCACCCCACACGCCACACGGGGCCAGGCCCUGCCCCACAGCCCUGACAGGGGGGUCACCCCACACGCCACACGGGGCCAGGCCCUGCCCCACAGCCCAUGACAGGGGGGUCACCCCACACGCUGCACAGAGGCUGCCCCACAGAAGGGCUGGUUU